AUGUUGGAAGGUCUCGUCUCGAACCUGCUGAACAGGUUCUUGGGCAUGUACGUCCAGAACUUCGACCCAAAGCAACUCAACGUCGGCAUCUGGUCUGGCGAUGUCAAGCUACGCGACCUUGAGCUCCGUCGAGAAGCCCUCGACCAACUCCACCUCCCCAUCAAUGUUGUCGAAGGCCAUCUGGGUUCCUUGACCCUCUCGAUUCCGUGGUCUAACCUUCGAGGCAAGCCCGUACAAGUCAAGAUCGAAGAUGUAUAUCUAUUGGCUGCCCCAAGAGAGGAUGAAGACUACAACCCUGAAGACCAAGACAAGCGCGACCAUGCUGUCAAGAUGGAGAAGCUUGACAGCGCAGAGCUGCUCAAAGAAAGAAGCGCGGAAGGCAUGAGUCAAGAGGAACAACAGAAGAACCAAAGUUUCACGGCCAGUCUGGUCGCUGCCAUUGUCGACAACUUGCAAAUCUCUGUCAAGAAUGUCCACAUCCGCUACGAAGACUCAAUCUCGGACCCGGGCCAUCCAUUCGCUGCUGGUCUCACCCUGCAAGAGUUGAGUGCUGUCAGCACAGAUGAAAACUGGAAGCCCACGUUCAUCCAGAGUACCUCUGCUGGCUCGACCCACAAACUUGCCACCCUCGGUGCCCUCGCCAUUUACUGGGACACGGAUGCCAAACUGCUGGGUUCCGGCAAGGGGUCGCAGACUGCAGAAGAGCAAGGAAUAGAUCACACUACAAUCAUUGACAAGUUCCGAGACAUGAUUGCAAAGAAGGAUGAUACUGAGUUUGGUGCGCACCAGUACAUACUGAAGCCAGUCACUGGACGUGCAGGUCUUGAGAUCGACAAGACUGGAAAGCUUGAUCGGCCCAAGAUGAAGGCUCGUUUACUCUUCAACGAACUGGGUUUUGUCAUCGACGACGAUCAAUAUCGUGAUGCCCUUAUGUUGGUUGACCUCUUCCACUACUUCAUCAGACAUCAGGAGUACCGCAAGUUCCAGCCCAAGGCAUCUCCGAAGGAGGAUCCGCGAGCUUGGCUUCGAUUCGCGACCAAAUCUGUACAUGACAAGAUUCAUGAACGCAAUCGCCGUUGGACCUGGGCCUACUUCAAAGAGCGUCGCGACGACCGCAUCAAAUACAUUAGUCUCUUCAAGAAGAAGAAAAAGGAGGAGAAGCUCGACCCUGAGGAAACGACUGAACUGGACCAGCUCGAACGCAAGCUGAGCUACGAAGAUCUUCGGUUCUGGAGAUCACUUGCUCGCAACCAGUUGCGCAAGGAGAAUGUUGGCGUCAAGAAGGCCCCACAGAAGCAAACAUGGUCUUCUUGGGUAUGGGGAAGCAAGAAGACCGAGGAGCAUCCUGGUGAUGAAACACAGUUGACGGAGGAACAACGCAAGGAGUUGUACGAUGCAAUUGACUUUGACGAGAAGAAGCAAAUCGCCGACGCUGUCGACAUGCCUAAGGAGGCUAUCAAGCUCCAAGUGGACAUGAGUCUCAAGGAAGGUAGCUUCACUCUCAAGCGCGAUCCUCACGGGAAGGCCACCGAAAUGCUCCAGCUCGUAUUUCAGGGCUUCGACACCAAAUUCUUGCAGCGUACCGACUCCAUGCUUGCUGAAGUCAGUCUCGAGACUAUGAAACUCUUCGAUGGCACGACGGAAGGAAAUCUUUUCCCUCAAAUGCUCAAUAUCAAAAACUCCAUUCCAGACGACAAGAGGAUUGAGGAAGUCAAAGACGAUGAGACUGCAGGCGAUGAUGAGGAAGAAGACCCGCCUCUCGACCCCUUCUUUGCUUUGACUUUCGAGAACAAUCCUCUUGACGGCCAUGCCGAUACCGAUCUGAUUGUCAAGCUCAAAGCUAUGGAGUUUGUAUACAACCCCAAGUUCAUUGUUGAAGUUGCCAACUUUUUCAAACCUCCGGAACGCCACAUGGAGUCUAUCGGCGCGCUUAUGGAAUCCGCUGGCGCAACCGUCGAAGGGUUGAGGCAGCAGACUCGUGCAGGUCUCGAGUAUGCACUCCAAGAGCACAAGACUAUCGAUGCCAAACUCGACUUGCAGGCUCCGCUUAUCAUCAUACCCGACUCUGUCACCAAGAAGGAAUCUCUCUGCAUGAUUCUUGAUGCUGGUCAUAUCAGCGUGCGAAGCGAACUGAUUGACAAAGACACUUUGAACGAAGUGCAGUCAAAGCAAAAGCAACAAUACACAGACGAAGACUUCAAACGUCUUGAGCAACUGAUGUAUGAUAAAUUCCUUGUCAAACUUCAGUCGACUCAACUUCUUCUUGGACCGUCUAUCGAGGAGACAAAGAAGCAGCUCGAUGCGAACAACACAUCAAGACACUUGCACGUCGUUGAUCGAAUCAAUAUUGACUUUACAGUAGAAACAUGUAUCGUUCCCAAGGCUCCUGGCCUGACCAAAUUCAGAGUCGGAGGUCAUCUGCCUGUGCUGCACGCUUCCAUCUCCGAUUCCAAAUACAAGAGUCUGAUGAAAUUGAUUGACGUUGCAAUCCCCAAAUUUGGCUCCGACGGAGCUGACACGCAGAAGCCUGCUCAGGCCGUACCAAAACAGGCACAGCGGCCUAGACAAAAGAGCAUCGUUGAUACGGAUGCCACAGGAAGACCGCGAUCUAAGUCUUUCCAGUUCUCCGCUCAGAAGCAUGAGCUUGUUAUGGAAGAAGAAAGCGAUAACGAAGAUGAAGAGUUCAAGGAAGCCAAACAGUCUACCAAGGAACCCACGAAGGAUGUCAACCAGCGCAACUUCGAGUUCAAGUUCAAGGUUGACAAGCUUCAGGGCUCGCUUUACCGUUCCGAUCCUGAUGGCAAGAAACAAGACCAGUUGCUUGUUGAUCUCGUUGCCGAAAACUUCGAUCUUCUCUUCUACCAGCGCCAGUUUGACAUGGUGGCAGAAGUCAGUCUGCGUACACUUGCUGUAGAAGAUCAUGUCGAGGAGAAUCCAUCACCGGAGUUCAAGAACCUCAUAUCGUCCGAAGACCACGACGCCAACGAGCAGCAAAACCUCUUCUCACUGAAGUUCAUCAAGGUCAAUCCUGAACAUCCAGAAUUCAUGUCGACCUACGAAGGAAUAGCCACUAACCUCGAUGUGUCCGUAUCAACUAUCAAUUUGCUGGUCACUCGCAAGACACUUUUGACCUUGCUCGACUUUGUUAUGGUCACUUUUACCAACCCCGGAGAACCGCAAGCCAACCAGUCGCAAGUUGUCGAGUCAAACGAGGUCGAAGAAAGUAGCCCAGAGCCUGCAGGCGACAAGAUCCGCAUCAAAGCCCAAUUGAAGCGCAUUGCCAUCAUCCUCAACAACGAUGGUAUUCGUCUAGCCACUCUGAGCUUGACAUCUGCAGAAGUGGGAAUCUUCUUGAUGGGCAAGACCAUGAGAGUUGGAGCCAGACUCGGCAAUCUGUCUCUUCUGGACGAUGUCAAUCAAGGUGUUUCUGAAAAGUCAUCACUGCGCCAACUGGUUUCCAUCCAAGGUGAUGAGCUCGCUGACUUCCGUUACGAAACCUUUGAUGCAACUUCAGAAGCAUAUCCCGGUUACGAUACUUCCAUCUAUCUUAGGUCUGGUUCUUUGAAAGUCAACUUCGUCACUGAACCGUUCCGCAAGAUCAUGGAGUUUGGUGUCAAGUUCGGCAAAAUGCAGGCUAUCAUGAAUGCCGCUCGACAGGCGGCUGCGAACCAGGCCAACAACAUUCAAGAGCGAGCCAGCAAGAUGCACUUCGAUAUUCGCAUCAAGACACCAAUCGUGGCCUUCCCUCGCAUGGUGAUUACUGAUUCCCCCGAGCGCGAUGUUCUCACCGCCUAUCUGGGAGAGCUCUAUGCCAGCAACGAAUUCCUCCCCUUGGACGAUUCGAAGGAUUCUGAUACUGCCAACAAAUUGACGGCUGGUGUCCACAACACUCGAUUGACAUCUACCUUCAACUACCCCAACGAUAAAGUCGAGGAGCUCGAUCUUAUUGAUAAGGUCGAUCUUGACUUCAGGAUUACUAGCGCAGAACAUAAGCCGGGAUACAAGCGACCGGAUACAGAAAUCGAGGGCUCCAUGUCGAACGUCAAUCUACGUGUCACAGAAGCUCAGCUCAAGUUCAUCCUUGAACUGUCUCGAUCAAUCCCCGAGGCCUUUGCCACCGAUCCGGAUGAUGAAAUCGAAGAGGAUGUCAAAGAAGAGUUGCCGGCAACUACAGUCCAAGAUGCCAAGUCAAUCACUGCUGACUCGGCAGACAAACAAGAGGAGGAACCCCAAUCUCCUACUCAUCUUGGUCCUGAAAUUGGCUCAGACGAUGAUACUUGGACCAAGCUCGAUCUUGUAUUCAAGGUUGGUACCAUCGGCCUUGAACUCAUCUCGAGUAAACCUGAGAAACCAGUCGGAGAUCUUGCGGCUUGUAGUCUGUCAAAGUUCUCGCUCAACGAGACCCAUGUAAAGCUACGCAUGGUUAGCGACGGAUCCAUGGAGUCAGAACUUCUGGUGCAGUCCUUUACCAUAACCGACACUCGCACACAUGAGAAGAACAAGUUUAGGAAAAUCAUGUCGCUCAUCAACACGGAUGUCAAGCAACAAUUCAUGGCAAGCGUGAGCAUCUCUGGAGGCAAAGAGCGCAACUUGAUCGCUCUCUUGACCAUUGAUAGCCCUAGAAUCAUCUUAGCGCUGGACUACCUCUUCGCGGUUCAGCACUUUGUGAAUGCCAGUUUGGCUACUGAUGAGCCUCUUGUCAUCUCAGAUGAAGAUGAAUCAUCGAUGGGUGACGAGGAUGCAGUCAGCGUGUCUACUGGUACCGAUGUUGCUGGUGUACAACAACCCGAAACCAAGCCUGCAGCGGACGCGAGUUCCAUGAGCAUAUCGUUCCGUGUCAACAUCGUUGAUGCGCAGAUCAUUCUCAUUGCCAACCCUGCCAUUACCAACUCUGAAGCCAUUGUCCUCGGCAGCAAGCAGAUUCUCGUCUCCCAGCAACACGUCACAGCAGUUCAAGUCGACAAGUUGGGCAUGUUCCUUUGUCGCAUGGACAAGUUUGAGACUUCUCAACUUCGCAUCCUCGACGACUUCAGUGUCCAAACUUCGGUGGACAUGCGUUCCGAGAACAAGCAAGCUCAAUUGAUGAGCAUUAUGGUUGAAAUUGAGCCGUUGGUGCUGCGCCUGUCCUUACGCGAUAUUCUGUUGGCCAUGCAAAUCGUCAACAAGGCUUCCGCCAUGUCGGCAAAUGAUGACGAUAAGGAACUUGCCAAGGAAGGUCCCUCCAAGAUCGACCAACUCAAGGCUCCCGCCUCUAGACCCAAGUCUGGCAGAGCACCCUCGUCAGCACAGAAGCCCAGAGCCAACACCAUUGCCACCAAGAAGUCGCAUGCCACUACUGCUCCCAAGGCACCGGCUGAACCACAAGGAUCAGCAAUGCUGAAGAGAGAAGAGAUGAAGAUCAAUCUUCAAGGUAUUCGAGUGGUGCUUAUUGGUGACCUUCAUGAGUUGCCUAUGCUUGAUUGGAGCGUGAAGAACUUCGCUGUAGAGGUUCGCGACUGGAGUGGCGCUAUGUCAGCAGACACUAGCAUUGAGACGUUCUUCAACGUUUACAACUUCUCCAAGUCUGCUUGGGAGCCCCUUAUUGAGCCAUGGUCACUAGGUUUCCACAUGGCAAAAAACUUGAACCCAGAUAAGCUCGCAGUCGAACUCUACUCGCGCAAGUCGUUGGAACUCACCAUGACGUCUUCAACAAUCGCACUAGCAUCUAAAUCAGCCCAAUUCCUGUCCACCGAUGAAGACAUCCUUUCGAAACCUCGUGGAUCCGACGCUCCUUACCGCAUUCGUAACCAGACUGGCUUCGAUCUCAACGUAUGGGCUCAGACAGAGAACAAUCAAGAAGGCGCCGCCAAAAAGCUGGGCGACGGAGAAGAGGCACCCUGGCGCUUUGAAGACCCAAGCACCACCAGAGAGACACUAUCACCAGAAGGUGCCACUGGUGUCGUGAGCAUCAGGCUAGAAGGCAGUGGGUUCGAUAGCAUCGAGCGCAUCCCAGUCAGUCGUGAGGGUGAAACUCUAUACAACCUCAAGCCGCGCAAAGACAAGGUCCAACACCGCAUUCUGGUUGAUGUGAAGCUUGGAGCAGAUAACGUCAAGUACAUCACGUUCCGCUCGCCCUUGCUUGUAGAGAACCACACUCAAAUUCCCAUUGAGGUGGGCGUCUACAGCCCAGACGAGGGCCACCUGCUCAAGAUCGAGAAGGUCGCACCUGGAGAUGCACGAUCGGCUCCUGUAGGUGCCGCCUUCAUGCACUCAUUGGUCAUUCGUCCCGAUCAAGGAUUCGGUUACACUUGGUCCAACGAGCGUCUGUUCUGGAAAGACUUGCUCAAGCGUCCUACACGCACAAUCACCUGUCAAGGAGAACAGCAAGAUUCUUCUCCUCCAUUCUACUUCCAGAUGCAAGCAGUGUACGACAAGAACAAUCCCAUUACUGCAACAUAUCCUUACAUGCGUAUCCGCCUUUCCGCGCCUGUCGAGAUUCAGAAUCUGCUGCCAUUCGACUUCAAGUACCGUAUCUACGACAAAAACACCAAAAAGGAUUGGACAAACUUCUUGCGAAAGGGAGGUGUCAGUCCUGUGCAUGUGGUUGAGCUCUCGCAUCUACUUUUGAUGAGUGUUGAUAUGCAAGACACGCCGUUCAAGCAAAGUGAAUUUGCCAUCAUCAACUCUACUGGGCGCGAUGACUUCCGUCGUGAAAAGACGCUCGUUGUGAAGGACAACCAGGACCUGACUCUCAGGCUCAAGCUGCACUACUACAACGUUCCUGACAGUGGAGGUGCCUUCAAGAUCACUGUCUACAGCCCAUAUGUGAUUCUUAACAGAACAGGCUUGGGCCUCGAUAUUCGUAGCAAAACCUACUUCGGUGCUGCCAAGUCUGCAGCCGGACAAACCACAUUCAGCAAUUCGGAUGAAGCGCGAAAGCCUGUCCCAUUCAUGUUCUCCUACCCCACUGAUGAUCAGAAGAACCGAGCACUCAUCAAGGUUGAUGGGUCGACUUGGAGCAAGCCUGUCAGUUUCGAGGCUAUCGGAUCAACCACAGAUAUCACUGUAGCAGCAGAUUCUGGUCGAUCAGAAAUGCAUGUUGGUCUUACUGUCGAGGAAGGCGAGGGCAAAUACAAGCUGACGAAGGUCAUCACCAUUGCACCCCGAUUUGUGGUACGCAACAAGCUUGGAGAAGAUCUCAACAUCAGAGAACCUGGUUCGUCUGAUGUGACAACUUUGAAGCCACAAGAUCUUCAUCCUCUACGCUUCUUGAGACAGUCUAGCGGACAACAGUUGUGCCUUUGCUUCCCAGGCGUGAACAACAACUGGUCAUCUCCUUUCAACAUUGCCAACGUUGGUAGCGUGCAUGUUAAAUUAGCCAAGGCUGGCGAAAGGCAGAAGCUCAUUCGAGUGGAGAUUCUCAUGGAGAAUGCCACGAUUUUCCUGCACAUCAGUCACGAGACCAAGCAUUGGCCCUUCUCCAUUCGCAACGAGAGUGAUGUCGAGUUCAUCUUUUGGCAAGCAAACCCCAAUGUCGAUGAAGAUGAGGACGAGCGUACUUCUGGUUGGAAACCUAUCCGAUACAGGCUACCGCCUAGAAGUAUCAUGCCUUAUGCUUGGGACUACCCUGCUACCAAGAAUAAGAACCUUGUGUUGAACGCAAAGGGCAAGGAGAGACAUGUCAAGCUUGCAGAGAUUGGUAAUCUCAUUCCAAUGAGACUGCCUGCAGCUGAAGGUACCAAUCGACAGAAGAUCAUCGAUCUCAACGUCGCUGCCGAUGGUCCCACUCAGACUCUUGUCUUGUCCAAUUACAAGCCAUCGAAGAGCUUGUACAAGCAAAAGGCUGGCUCGGCUUCUCAGGCGAACUCGAGCGGUUUCGAGGUCAAGGAUCUGGAUGAUCACGUCACUUUGAGCGCCCAAAUCAGAUUUGCUGGAUUGGGCAUAUCGCUCAUCAAUCGUCAACUCAAGGAACUUGUGUAUGUCACACUUCGCGACAUCGACUUGUCCUACAAGGAUUCGCCUCUGUACCAGACUGUUUCCUCUACCAUCAAAUGGAUUCAAGUUGACAACCAACUCUAUGGAGGCAUCUUUCCGCUCAUCUUCUAUCCCAGUGUUGUACCCAAGACUGGCAAGGAGAUGGAAGCUCAUCCUAUUUUCAAAGCUGCAAUCACGCGAGUCAAGGAUGACUCGUAUGGUGUGCUCUAUAUCAAAUACUUCACAUUCUUGAUGCAGCAGAUGACGAUUGAGAUUGACGAGGAUUUCAUCUUCGCCAUGCUCGACUUCACAAAGAUUCCAGGCGCUUCUUGGUCCGAAGAGAAGGAGGGCCAACUUUGUGACGAGAACCUGGAUAUCCCUGAACCAAAACAAGAAGAGGGUGGUCAAGACAUCUACUUCGAGCUGUUGCACUUGCAACCCAUGCAAUUCGAUCUGUCCUUUGUCAGAACCGAACGCAUCAAUGCAGAGGAUACUGGAAGUUCCUCGUCUAACCCCUUCAUGUUUGCUGUCAAUGUUCUCACAAUGUCCAUCGGUAACGUCAACGACGCACCUAUUCGUUACAACGCUCUCAUGCUCGAGAACGCCCGAGUAUCAGUUGGUGCCUUGGUCGCUGCGAUCAAGAGUCAUUACGUUCAAGAAUCUCUUCGUCAAGUACAUAUCGUUCUUGGUUCUGCUGAUUUCCUGGGCAAUCCUGUUGGUCUUUUCAACAACAUCAGUUCGGGUGUUGCAGACAUCUUCUAUGAACCCUAUCAAGGCCUUGUUAUGACCGACAGACCUCAAGAUCUUGGUAUCGGUAUUGCAAAGGGUGCUAGCAGUUUCGUCAAGAAAAGUGUGUUCGGCUUCUCCGACAGUAUGGCCAAGUUCACAGGCAGCAUCAGCAAGGGUCUUGCAGCCGCAUCCAUGGACAAGGAAUUCCAAGACCAGCGCCGUAUGUCCCGUUCUCGUAACCGACCAAAGCACGCCUUGUACGGUAUCACAUCUGGAGGUAAUGCCUUUGCAAACAGUAUGGCAAGUGGUAUUGGUGGUCUUGCCAGACACCCGUUGCAGGGUGCCGAAAAGGAAGGUGCUCUUGGUUUUGUCAAGGGCGUAGGAAAGGGUUUCCUGGGUCUCGCAACCAAGCCUGCCAUUGGAGCGUUCGACUUGGCAUCUAACAUGGCUGAGGGUGUUCGCAACACCACAACAGUUUUCGACCAAGAAGGUCUGGAUCGUGUUCGUUUGACCCGUUUCAUUGGGCAAGAUGGAAUCGUUCGACCUUACAGUCAACGUGAAGCAUUAGGUCAAUUCUGGCUCAAGACUCUUGACAACGGCAAGUACUUCCACGAGGACUACAUUGCACACAUGGAGUUGUCGUCAGGCAGUGGAUCACAAUCAGCUCAAGCACGCACGAAGAGCACGAGCGCCGAAAGUCCACGCAUGGUCAUGCUCACCUAUAACGGUAUCAUGUUGGUGCAGACGAAGAAGCUUGUGACCGAGUGGGAUGUACCUCUCAAGGACAUUCAGACCAUCACCAAGGAACGCACAGGUAUGAGCAUUGUGCUCAAGGGAGGACACAACGGUCCAUUCGUCCCUGUUGCGGACGAGCAAAGUCGCAACUGGCUGUACCGACAGGUAGCAGUUGCUGUCAACGCGUACAACGACCGAUACAAUGCCAAGGGUUAA